GUAUUUGCUGGCACCACUGUCAAUGUCAAAGUCACCGGUCUACCCCUCCCGCCCCGCAACUUCCGAACCUCUCUUUCAGAAGUUCUAACCAUGGCGGCCGGGGUACUUUACACCUAUCCUGAAAACUUCCGUGCUUACAAGGCGUUGAUCGCCGCACAGUACUCUGGAGCUGAUGUGAAAGUGGCUCCAAACUUUGUGUUUGGUGAGACUAACAAGUCGGCAGAAUUCUUGAAAAAGUUCCCAGCCGGUAAAGUGCCGGCUUAUGAAAGCGCCGAUGGAAAGGUUCUGCUGUCAGAGAGCAAUGCUAUUGCCUACUAUGUGUCGGACGCGGCGCUGCGCGGCGGCGACGCGGCCACGCAGGCGCGCGUGUGGCAGUGGGCCUCGUGGGCCGACAGCGAGCUCCUGCCAGCCUCCUGCGCCUGGGUCUUUCCCUACCUAGGCAUCAUGCAGUUCAACAAACAGAAUGUUGAGCGUGCAAAGCAAGACCUCUUGGCUGCCUUGAAAGUGUUGGAUACCCAUCUGCUGACGCGCACAUUCCUUGUCACUGAAAGGAUCACCCUGGCCGACAUAAUCGUCUUCACUACUCUCAUCCACGCAUUCCAGCACGUGCUGGAGCCGGGCGUGCGCGCGUCGCUGCGCAACGUGUCGCGCUGGUGGGGCACGCUGGCGGCGCAGGCGCGCGUGCGGGCCGUGCUGGGCGCGCUGCCGCUGUGCGCCGCGCCGCCCGUCUACGACGCCAAGAAGUUCCAGGACUUGUCGCACAAGAAGGACUCCGGAGACAAGAAGAAGGAAAAGAAGGCCGAAAAGAAAGAUCAGCCCAAAAAGAAGGAGGAACCCCAGCCCGAACUCGCCGACGAGAUCGACGAGAAACCGAAAGAGUCCAAGGACCCCUUUGACUCGAUGCCCAAGGGAACUUUCAACAUGGAUGACUUUAAACGUUGCUACUCCAAUGAAGAUGAAGCAAAAUCCAUCCCUUACUUCUGGGAGAAGUUCGACCCUGAGAACUACUCCAUCUGGUAUGCUGAGUACAAGUACCCUGAAGAACUAGCUAAAGUGUUCAUGAGUUGCAACCUUAUAACUGGCAUGUUCCAGCGUCUGGACAAGAUGCGUAAGCAGGCGUUCGCAUCCGUGUGUCUGUUCGGCGAGGACAACAACUCCAGCAUCUCUGGCGUGUGGGUCUGGCGCGGUCAGGAGCUAGCCUUCCCGCUGUCGCCCGACUGGCAGAUCGACUAUGAGUCGUACGACUGGAAAAAACUGGACCCGGCCAGCCCGGAGACCAAGAAGCUGGUGCAGGAGUACUUCUCGUGGAGCGGCGCCGACAGCAAGGGCCGCAAGUUCAACCAGGGCAAGAUCUUCAAGUGAGAGGCGCCGCCCCGAUACUAUUUAUAUUGUAUAAAGUACUUGCAUUUAUUUUGUAUUGCACCACUCCGUCUCUGCUCGAAAGAAGACUUGUUGCUGUGUAAGUCGGCAGUUGAAAUAAAUUGUUUUUUAUUUAUGCA